UCUCUCUCUCUCUCGAGCUGGGAGGCGAGGAUCGAGUCCUCGAAGAUCCUCUGCGAGCAAGUCGGGGACCCGAACAGAGCCGCUCGCCGAGCUGUUCCAGCUGCAGACUGAGGGGGGCGUGGUGCGCAGGUAAACACUGAACGCGUAGACGACACGGGGACGCGCGUUUUUAUUUACCCCUCUUCCUCCGGGGGGAAGAGGAGGGAGAGAGCGCAGCUCGUGAUGGGACACGAGCCGCGAGGAUGAGCCACAGAACCAGAACCAGCCCGAUCCGAGCCUACGACUUCCUGCUGAAGUUCCUACUGGUGGGAGACAGCGACGUGGGGAAGGGGGAGAUCCUGGAGAGCCUGCAGGACGGAGCGUCCGAGUCCCCGUACGGGUACAACCUGGGAAUCGACUACAAGACGACGACCAUUCUCCUGGACGGGAGGCGAGUCAAGCUGCAGCUCUGGGACACAUCCGGACAGGGUCGGUUCUGCACCAUAUUCAGAUCCUACUCCAGAGGAGCGCAGGGAGUAAUCCUGGUGUACGACAUCACCAACCGCUGGUCCUUCGACGGGAUCGACAGGUGGAUCAAAGAGAUCGACGAGCAUGCACCGGGAGUGCCCAAGAUCCUGGUCGGGAACCGCCUCCACCUCGCCUACAAGCGUCAGGUGACUACGGAGCAGGCGCAGGUGUACGCCGAGAAGCUGGGCGUCACUUUCUUUGAGGUGAGCCCGCUCUGCAACUUCAACAUCACCGAGUCGUUCACAGAGCUCGCCCGCAUCGUCCUCAUGAGGCACGGCAUGGAGCGCCUGUGGAGGCCCAACAAAGUGCUGAGUCUUCAGGACCUCUGCUGCCGCUCCAUUGUCUCCUGCACGCCUGUCCACCUUGUGGACAAGCUGCCCCUGCCCCUCACCCUCAAGUCCCACCUCAAGUCCUUUUCCAUGGCCAACGGUCUCAACGCUCGCAUGAUGCACGGACGCUCCUACUCCGUCACCGCCGCCGCCGCCGCUCACCACAGCGCUGCCAAGAGGAGUGGAGGGACGCUUCUUAAAAAGCCAAAACUGAUCCGACCACCGCCGCUCAGCCCGACAACGCAGGGCUGCAGAAACAGCUGCAAAAUAUCCUAACGGCAGCGAACGCACCAACGGCUGUGGAUGGGACCGUGGCUGAGUAUGAAGCAUAUGUGAAGAGAAGAAACGGGAGACAAAAACUUUUAUGUUUGGAGAUGAGGAAGCAUCAAGUUGAACCUUUGACCAGAGGUGUUGGUGGCAAAUUACUGAACAGCUUCUUCUUCUGUUCAUCCGUCAUGAUGAGUUUAAAGAUAAUGUCAGGGAAUCUGUUCCGAGUCUGCAAUGUAAUCUAGUGUGGCAUUAGUAGACUAUUUAGUAUGGGACAAACACUCAGUUCAGACAACAUUUAAAUAUAAAAUAUAAAAAUCAAAAUUUUUUAAGGUGAAAUAUUCUCAAAACGCCAUCAAAGUUCAAAAUGAUCUAAUUAUAAAAACAAUGUAUUCAUUUUGCUUCCAACACAAAAUCAAAAAAAUGUUUUCUUUUCUUCGUGAGUUUGCAUUUUCUUUUAGAAUCUGUUUGUGAUUCUUAGUAAUUUACAGCUUUCUUGCGAUAUCCCCUAAACUCUUUUAACUUUAAUAAGAAAAGGUAAGCUUGGUCAUAUAAAAACCUGUUUGUCAAAAAAGAAAUCAAAAUUUUAUUCUGCAUAACUUCUCCCUCUUAUUCUGUUAUUUCCGCCUUUUUAGCCAUUUCCUCUGUAAUGAUGCCUACUGUUAAAAUGAAACGUGUACAUCUCUACUGUAAUCACCAAAAUUAGAGCUAACCAUUAAAAAAUAUAUAUAAUAUUUUUUUCUCUCUCAUGUUAGUGCUUUGCUUACUUUGACGAGUCGGGUAAGAGCUAAAUAAAUAAUUCUGGUUUCUGUAAUGUACUGUGGACGCAGCACUUUAUUCCACUUGAUGAUCAUCCAGAAGUUUAACGCUAACGCUUUAAGUGACGUAAAGUUGUCAUUUAUGUUUGUGCGCAGCAAACGUUUCAUUCGCAGUUAAACCUCACCGUUUGUUCCACAGCGACACCUGCUGUUUGGGAUGAAGACUGCAGCAUGUAAAGUACUGAUGUAAACAGUUAAAGUGAGGUGUUGUUUUGGGCUAAACAUGCAUUGAGUGUAAAACUAAUCUCCCCUUCCCAUUUUUUUAAUUUUUACUCAGAAUUGAUUAAGCUUUUUAAACAAUUUUCUAAUUGUACAUUAACAGGAACAUUGGUCUAAAAAAUCUGACCGAUUUUUUAAUGAUUUCAAAAGUUAUUUAAAUGUGAAUUAUUUCUCAUUUGUUUUACUUUUUAAGUUUUAAACACGACAACACUAUUUUGUUUACAUUUUAAAAAUCCUGCAAAAUUCAAAUAUGUUCAAUUGGAUUGUAGAAUGUGUAGAUUUUAACUCUUAAAAAGUGUAUCUUUGAGUGAAAACUCUUUUCUUAUUCAGUAUUAAUCUCUCUGUUACUGACUUUGUCACUUGAUUUAUGAAUGUUUGGCAAAUGUCACAUCAAUUUAAAUGUUAGCAACAUUUAGAGAUGUGUAAAGUUUUGUCAGUUGAUUUUUGCCAGAAAUCUCACCUACUCAGACUGAAAGCUGACGAAUAUUAUCCUUCUCGAAGGCAGAAAAUUAUACAAACUAUGGGGCAUCUUCUUCCUCAGGAGGUUUUUCUACGACACUAACAUGUAUCAAACAGCACUUUGACGCUGACUUUUUGCACUUCUCUCCUCUCGCACCGUUACUCUACCAGCAGCCAUUUUGUGUACAAUAUUUGUACGUGUUGUAAAUAUUCCUGUUUGAUAUGAUGAAGAACUUAUGUUUUAUUGUUUUUCAGUGAGACGUUUUUCUGCAGAAAUGACUGAAGGUUCUGUUUAUCCUUGAUUCACAAUAAACUUCACUACCUUCCACA